GAGAGGGAGGGCGGCUACCCAAGAACCUGACUGAGAUGUACAUCCACUUCCUGGUGAUUCAGGCCAAAGUGAAGAUGGUCAAAUUUGAUGGCGGGACUCAGAUAGAUUCACACUGGAGUCCAGAGAGCAGGAUGAUGAUUGAGUAUCUGGGAAAAUUGGCAUUUGAUCAUCUGCAGAAAGGAAACCUGAUCUUCUAUGAAUCAGACCUGAGAGAGUGCGGCAUCGAUAUCAGAGCAGCCACAGUGUUUGCAGGAGUGUUCACACAGAUCUUUAAAGAGGAGAGAGGACUGUACCAGGACAAGGUGUUCUGCUUUAUUCAUUUGAGUGUUCAGGAGUUUCUGGCUGCUCUUCAUGUCCAUCUGACCUUCAUCAACUCCGGAGUCAAUCUGCUGCAAGAACAACAAACCACCUCCCAGAAGUCUGAAACAACAGAAUUUUCAGCGUCUCACUUGUACCAGAGUGCUGUGGACAAGGCCUUACAGAGUCCAAACGGACACCUGGAUCUGUUCCUCCGCUUCCUCCUGGGUCUUUCACUGCAGACCAGUCAGAGUCUCCUACAAGGUUUGCAGACACGUACAGAAGGUAGUUCACUGAACAAUCAGGAAACUGUCCAGUACAUCAAGAAGAAGCUCAGUGAGAAUCAGUCUGGAGAGAAAAGCAUCAAUCUGUUCCACUGUCUGAAUGAACUGAAUGAUCGUUCUCUAGUGGAGGAGGUCCAGCGGUACCUGAGCUCAGGAAGUUUUUCCAUACGAAAUCAUUCCCUGGAUCAGUGGUCAGCUCUGCUUUUAUUCUCAGUCUCAUCAAAAAAAGAUGUAGACCCAAAGAAAUUUUCUUUAGAGGACGCUCUUCUGGAGCUGCUGCCAAAGAUCAAUGCCUCUAAUAAAUCUCUACUGAGUCUCUGUAACCUGUCAGAGGCAAACUGUGAAGCUCUGUCCUCAGUCCUCAGCUCCCAGUCCUCCAAUCUCAUAGAGCUGGGCCUGAGUAACAGCAACCUGCAGGAUUCAGGAGUGGAGCCUCUGUCUGAUGGACUGAAGAGUCCACACUGUAAAACUCUCAGAGUGAUGGGCUGUAACCUCUCGGAGAGAAGCUUUGAAGCUUUGUCCUCGGUUCUUAGUUCUCAGUCCUCUAGUUUGGGAGAGCUGGACCUGAGUAACUCCAAUCUCACAGGAGCGAAGCGUCUUUGUGAUGGACUGAAGAGUCCAAACUGUAAACUCAAUACUCUUAGACUGAGUCACUGUAGCCUCUCAAAUGGAAAUUGUGAAGCUUUGUCCUCAGUUCUCAGCUCCCAGUCCUGCAGUCUGAAAGAGCUGGACCUGAGUAACUCUGACCUGAAGGAUUCACAAGUGAAGCUCCUGUCUGAUGGAUUAAAGAGUGCAAACUUUAAACUGGAAACUCUCAGUCUGUCAGGCUGUCUGAUCACAGAGGAAGGCUGUACUUCUCUGGCCUCAGCUCUGAGCUCCAACCCCUCCCAUCUGAGAGCGCUGGACCUGAGCUACAAUCAUCCAGGUGACUCAGGAAUGAAGCUGCUGUUGGCUGGAUUGAAGGAUCCAGGCUGGACACUGGACACUCUCAGGGUGGAGCCUGCUGGAGUCCGAUGGCUGACACCAGGUCUGAGGAAGUAUUCCUGUCAACUCACAAUCGACACAAACACAGUAAACAGACACAUUAAACUGUCUGACAACAACAGGAAGAUGACACAUGUGGAGGAGGUUCAGUCAUAUCCUGAUCAUCCAGACAGAUUUGAUUAU